AGGAUCAAGCGUGAACUCAGGAUAUGUGCCAACCUCAAGCAUGCGAAUGUUCUACACGUUUAUGGUUAUACGCAUAACUUUGGCCCAUUUCCAGCGAUAGUCACUCCUUGGGCGGAGAAUGGUAAUCUGACAGUCUAUUUGGAACGUGAGGGUGCGGCUCUGACUCUCCUGGCCUGCAAUAUCGUAUGUGAUAGACUUUGCUGUUGCUGGACCGAGCUUCAAGUACUCCUCAUAGUUCACGUUAACAGUGUCAUCCACGGUGACUUCAAUGGACCUAAUGUGCUCAUCCGUGGUGACGGCACUGCAUGUAUUGCUGACUUCAGUCUUUCCUUGAUGUAUUCCGAGGUCAUAAGUGCCUCUCAGGCUUCUUGGACGUCCACACUCAAAGGAAACAUGCGAUGGAUGGCUCCUGAACUUCUUGUACUAGAGCAGGAAGAUGGAUCUCCAACUCGUCCGAGCGAGCAGAGCGACAUAUUUUCGUUCGGCGGUAUCAUGUUGCAGGUCCUCAGCAACAAAAUUCCUUAUUAUUACCUCGCGAAUGAUGCUGCCAUUGUACUAUGCAUAGCUAGGUCGGAGAAGCCUUUCCGA